AUGCACAUAACGUCGGGUCUGUCGCCGGCGUCCGGCGAGAUGCUGGACGCCUCCAUUAAUCUCUACGGUGACUCAGGGGAGCAGUGUGGGUUCUUUGCGAUGGACCACGCAGUCCCCGAAUCUUCACAUACAGUAGAGAUAGAAUAUGUUUAUGAACAGCCUGACUCAUAUGCACAUAGCAAUGAGGAAUCGACGAGUGUACAAAUGGAAGAAGCGACAAUGGAUUUUUCUUCGCAUCCUAAGAAGAGUCAAGCGAAACAGACGCUGUCAAAGGUAGAAGAAGAACCAGAAACAGAUUUGACAAAUCUGACAUGGUUACAGAAUAUAACGAACAUUAUGGCAGUUCCACAAUUCCCUAUACCGCCGAUGUCACCAAACCCGCAAGUGAAGCCGCAACCUCAAAACACGAGGCUGCAGAAGUUUAAUCAAACGUUAGCGAAGUGCCAGAAGGAUUUCAUGGAAAACAAGGAAGAGUAUCAGAAAAAUAGUGAGAAGAAGCCGCCUUAUUCGUAUAGCACGUUGAUAUGUAUGGCGAUGAGGUACAAUAACGACAAGGUGACACUAUCAGCUAUUUACUCGUGGAUUAGGGAGAACUUCAAAUAUUACAGGAACGCGGACCCCACAUGGCAGAAUUCAAUAAGACACAACUUAUCCCUCAACAAAGUUUUCGUAAAAGUUGCGCGUUCAAAACAAGAGCCUGGUAAAGGUGGCUUCUGGAAGCUAGACCUCGCUCAUUUAGAGGGAACUAAAAGAAUUUCCAAUAGACCCCAUAAAAAGAAGAAGAACAGUGAGCAAAAAUUAGAUACGAAAAUUAACGAGGAAAAGAUUGCAGUCGCGAAUAUACCUCAAGUGGAAAGUAUAGAUACAAUAGUCAACGAAGUUAAUCAAGCUGUAACAUUACAUUUGCCAGAAUUUAGUCUACCAACUUUGGCGGAUAUUGACAUGGAAGCCAACAUUGGAGCCAAUGUUAUAGUUGAACCGGUCGCUCCACCACCUCUUAUACCAGAAGACGACUUAUCUUCCUGGCUUCUGAAUCCUACCGACUGGGAAGAUUUGCAGUUGGAUGUACUCGACAACUACUUAGAUUCCUGUUUCAAGUAA